AUGAAGGGACAGAUACAUCGAGCUGUGUGUCUCACGCUGCUUGUGGGCACCGUUAUAUCUUGUUAUGCGUCUGAGACAAAUGAGCAUUCCGGUGAGGCUGAUUUCAUCACAACGAUUCCGAAAACGGGACUCAUCAAGAACGUGGAGCAAGUCUUUUCCCUGGGACCGUCCAGCACGCUCCGGGUUGUUGAUGACACCGGCAAAGCCAUCUAUCUGCCUAAAGCUACUGAGAGUACUGACCAGAACUCGUCAGAAACAUAUACUACCGCAUAUCCAUACAGACAUGGAGGGUGUGACUUCACGGAGAAAAUCCUAUUCAAGGAUGUUUUUCCUGGCUACGAGUCACCACUAUGGGUUCGUGAGGAAAGCGAUUCGGAGUCGAUUGAGAAGGGAUCAUCAGCAAAGUCUGUGGUGUACACCUUCACGAAUCCUUCUGCUCAAUAUCUGGGUAGAGGGUUGAGUUUUUGUGUGCGAUUCAAGACGGUGUUGCCCUCUGGAUCGAGUUUUCAGACCAGCACGCCAAGUCCGCCGUCCUCCGGCUCAACUGCGUUGGGAAACUCAGAUUCUUCUGUCAAGCCAUCUAAUCCGACUCCGGAAGAAGAGGAGGAGAAGAAGGAUUUUCCCACAGAUGAUACUGCGGAUGACGGGGGAUCGAGUAGUCCAUCUGGGGGGAAUGUAAGUCAGCCUGGCGGCGCCCCGGAUUCGGAAGGAGACAUGGAUAGUGGCAAUCAUCACACAGAGGGUGGACCUUCUGACCGUGUAGAGGCAUCCCCGCCACCAGGGAGUGUUCCUGACAGUUCGACCGGCGAUUCCCCCACUUCCCUGCCAGAGAAUCAAAGUCCGCAGUCACCAGGUGGGCAAGGGGAACACAGUGCCGGUGCUGGGAGCGGUGUCGGCGAGAAUCACGAAGACACCGAAGAACAGGAAUCGCAGCAAGACCAUGCAGCUGGAAACAAAGGAGACGUAAACUCUCAGACUUUGCCUGGUGAGACUGGGGAUUCAGCCAAUGUACCAAAUGUGCCAAAUUCAGACCCUGAGGUAGAUCCGUUGAAUCCUAAAGCCGAUGCGAAGCCUGCCAUCUCCGUUGAAGAAAAAGUAACUGUCCCGAAACAACGUGAGUCUCCAGAAGAGGUUGCAGAAUCCAAGCAAGAUGCUGACACUCCACGAAAGGAAGGAUCUGAUGUCACAAAAGUGGAGCGGACGAACCAGGAGUCAAAUGGCCAUUCUGACCUACCAAAUAAGGAGGAACCGGCCGGUUUUCUGUCGCGGCUUCCUGUCAGUUCCCCUUCAACUGCUGCGCCGAGCUACAGUUUAGCUCAUUCGAGCGCCAAGCAGGAACAGGAAGACAUGAACAACGUACAAAGCGACGCAAAUGGACAGGAACUCCGCAAGGAACCUGGUGUGCACCCGAGUGCGAGCGACGUCGAACCUCGGCCAUCGCAGCCUGUGGAAGAAGCCCACGAGACAAACGGGGACCUGGCAAAUGGACCAGCUAUCUCAGCAGAUGAGAAGAAAUCAUCUUCUGCUUCACUGCCUCAUACAGCAGGCAAUGUAGUAGCAUCAACGCAACCUCAUGACCACUCAAGGAUGGAAAAUAUCCAAGUCAGAGAAGGGCUAAAUGAGCCCAUCGAAGCCGGUGAAGAGAGCAGGAGUAGUACUGGGGACCAAAACGGCGCUCGAGUGAGACGCCUUAAUGAGUCUGCUACAGAGAAGGAAACUUACUUAACAAUUAUCGUGCAUUCCACAGCGUUGGGCGUUGCAGGGGGAAUCAGUGGACUGUCAGUUCUUGUUCUUGCUCUGGCAGCUACACAGGUGGCUGCGCCCUUGUGA